AAGGCUAAUAUUGUCUUUGUCUCAGGUGAGGUCAUGCGGCACAACAUGGAGACAGGUAAAGGUGAGACUCUGAGGCCUGGGUGGACCAGAUGACGGACUCCUGCCAAGCAGAGCUCCACUGGCACUGAGGAGGGACACCAGCCUGAUGAUCCAGUCCAACCAGCAGACUUUCAACUCAGCAAAAAGACCCCAGCCGCUUUUACACAACCUCUGCCAUUGUGAGGCUCUCUUCCGAACAAUGCACAUUAGGAUACACUUUGCUUUUCCUCUGCUUUUAUGAUAACAUUGGUUUAUCAGCUGCUGUAUGGAACGAUUAUAAGUAUGAUGAGUCAUUUGGAUCAAUGGAUCUAAUUUAAAGUGAACAAUGCUGGAGCCAUAGCAGUUUCUUCCCACACUAUUGCAGUGGAGUUUCCUUUUGUGGAGCUAAUCCUCUGGACUGUAAUCCUGCUAGUGACCCACCGGACUGCUAGUUUUCCCUUUGGCAGCUCAGACCCUGGAUGAGGGUUAGAGGGGAGGUCGGCACUUUGCCAUGGCUCAUUCGUCUGACACGGCACGCAAAGACAUGACGAAUGGGGCUCAUCCCAGUGCCCAGCCAGGUCCCUCGGGCACCUCGACUCUACCGCGCUACCUUCACAAGAAGCAGCAGCGCCAGAGAGGAGUGAGGUCUUCCUCCCCUAUGGGCCGGGUCAUCCUCAUCAACGCGCCUGUCGAUGGUGGAGAUGACAGUGAAGACAUCCACACGAUCACUGUAGAUAAAAGUGAGGAUGGCCAUCUGGGUUUCAGUGUGCGCGGAGGAUCUGAGCAUGGCCUGGGAAUCUUUGUCAGCAAGGUGGAGGACGACAGCACUGCAGAGAUGGCAGGCCUGUGUGUUGGGGAUAAGCUGGUUGAGGUGAACGGCAUAAGUCUGGAGAGCAUCACUAUGAGCAGUGCUGUGAAAGUCCUGACCGGAAACAACCGUCUGCGUAUGGUGGUGAGACGCGUGGGGAAGGUGCCAGGCAUUCGCUAUUCAAAAGAGAAGACUACAUGGGUGGAUCUGAUCCACAGAAGGAUGGUAGUGGAGGAAAGUGGUCGCACACCUUCAGAGGCCAGUUCAGACGGAGCUCUGCGCAGAAUAGUUCACCUUUACACAACCUCAGAUGACUAUUGCCUGGGCUUCAACAUCCGUGGCGGCAAAGAGUUUGGCCUUGGUAUCUACGUUUCAAAGCUGGACCCUGGCGGCCUGGCAGAACAAAAUGGAAUAAAGAUGGGGGAUCAGAUUUUGGCAGCUAAUGGAGUGAGUUUUGAGGACAUCACACACAGCAAUGCAGUGGAGGUGCUAAAGAGUCACACACAUGUGAUGCUGACCAUCAAGGAAGCCGGACGAUACCCUGCUUACAAGGAGAUGGUGGCGGAGUAUAGCUGGCUUAAUAAAUUGGCGAACGGAGGUCAGCCGUCGUCCUCUCAGGGCUCAGAUUCAUACUCCUCCACUUCUUCUCUGUCAUCCGGGACGCCGGUCAGCUCUCUCAGCGGCCUCUCGCAGGUCAUGUUUCCUCCUGCUUUCGGCUCAGAGAUGGUGGACGUCUGCAUCUCCACUGAGGAUCGCUCGCGGCGGCCCAGCUCAGAGCGAAUAGAAACUGCUAUUCAGACUGACCCACAGGAUCCCGAUACCAUAUCCCGAACCAGCAGAGUCAUGUCCACAGAAACUAGUCGAAUGGUAGGAGAAACCGUCCUGUUGAAAGACACUGUAAUCCGCAGAGGGACAGCCCAUUCCCGGACAAGGACCUUUUCUGCUGGGGAUAAAGAGACUCUGGACUCUCCUAAAACUGCUGUCCUGAUGGCUCUCAGCAAGCCUCGGAAAGUCAUCCGACGAUCCCAGAGCCACAUCACUGUGUCAGAGGACAAGCAGAAGAAAAGAAAACAUCAGAAAGGCAAGGUAGAGACAGAGGGAAGUACCCUGCAGCGCUCCAAAACCUUUGUCAGCUUGCUCUUUAAAAGUGGACGCAGAAGGGAAAGGUCAUCGUCUAGAGACCGGAAGGACACAGGAAGAGAGGACGGACACAAAGGAAGAUCCAAAUCCCCAAAACAUUUAGAUAACGAACCGGGUAAAGAGCGGGGUCGACCCAUUAUUAACCUAUUGAGUUCUCCCAGAGAGACUCGUGCUGGUUUGAGGGAGCAAAGCCCGAUGCCUAGCCCGGAGACCAUGGCUUUGUUGGAGGACGUGGCACGCAAGCUGCUCAAUGAGGACGAAGUGGCUGCUGUCAUGAGACACUGUAAAAGGUUUCUGGUCGAUCGUGUGGUUGAGGAUCUAGUGCGCCCCCUGCUGGCCAUCUUGGACAAGCCUGAGAAGCUUCUGUUGCUGAGGGAGGUCAGAAUGAUCAUUCCUGCCACAGAUCUGGGCCGUUUUGACAGUAUGGUCUUGCCCUUUGAGCUUGAAGCCUAUGACAUACUAAAAAGCCGGUCUGUGAGGUCUCCUGUCCUUCGUUCUCCUCGACAUGGAGGAACACCCCGUCGCCAUCUAAUAACACCCAUCCCAGAUUACAGGGGUGGAUUUCACCUUCAGCCGGUGCAGGAUCUGGAGAGGGAACGACAACUCAUUGAAGAUUUGGAACGAAUGCGUUUGGCAGGUUUACCGACUGGACGACUUCCUCCUCCUCGAGCUUUCACCCCUCUUUUGGAUGUACCAGUAGACACCUACAUCACAGACUCGCUCCGUAAUCGCUCUUUGAGUCCUGCUCGGUCCGGCUUUUCACACUCAGAGUCCCCUUACAGCACAGAACGCACUGGACGUUCCCCCCUGAGAAGGGACAAUGGUUUCCCCCAUGACUCUUUCUCCAGCAGGGGUGAUUCUGUCCCAGAACGAGGAAGGUCUCCCUAUAGGAAUGGACAUAGAAUGAAAACAGACAAAUCUCUGAAUGGUAAAGAGGUAAAGUAUACUGUAAUGAGUGCACACCGCCGGAGCAGGACACCAUUGUCCCAGGUGUUUGCGCCCAGCCCAGAACAGCACUGGAAAGAACCAGUGAAUGGACACUCGGACAGCCAAGACAGAACAGAACAGGACUACGUACUAACCACGGUAACCAUCUCAAAGACUAAACAGUCCCUGGGUAUAAGCAUCUCAGGUGGGAUUGAGUCAAAGGUGCAGCCAAUGGUGAAGAUAGAGAAGAUCUUUCCAGGAGGAGCAGCUUCAACCAGUGAUGUCCUGAAGGCUGGAUUCGAGCUGGUGUCGGUAGAUGGAGAGUCUCUUCAAGGUGUCACACAUCAGCACGCGGUGGAUGCCAUUCGGAGGGCUUUCAGCAACAAGGCCAAAGACCCAAUGGAGUUCAUCGUCAAAGUUCCCAAAAGACUAACUUGAAAGCAGCUUUGAAACAAAGGUGUUUGAGCUUAAGGCCCUGAUUUACUCACAGCGAAGUUCGCUUGGAGGUAAAAAGAAAAAGCACCUGGCAUUGACAUAUCGGUCGUGAACAUGCUUUCUUCGUCCUUGCAUUUACACAAUAUUGAAUAUUUAAACAUGCACUGCACAUCACAAUUACUAAAUAAACAUAUGAUGAAAAUCGUGGUGGUGAGAAAACUGCAGCAAAUAAAGCAUCUGGUGAUAGCAAUGUUGGUAUGUUUGCACAAGCAGUUCAGUACAUUUAUUCAUAGAGUAGCCUACUUGAAUACAAUUGAAUUCUUUACAGAAGGCAGCUUUGCGGUAUUAAACAUGGGAAAACAGUGUCAGUGUUGCUUUCAGUUAGAAUUAUAUUAAUUUUUUAUUCCCAUCUGACUACAAUAAAUUGGGAAUACAAAUGAACUAGACCUGCUACUACACCCCAGAUCUUACAUAAUCACUGCUGAUGUUAGUUUACCAUUGUUUUAUUAUCCCAAACCUAGUAUUAAAAUGUGUUUUUUAGAUACAAUUUACAAAAUAUUUACUAAAACUGUAAAUUUUAUUUAAAUCUGAAAUCUAGAUUGCAAAAAAUAUUGACAGAUUUCGAGUUUUACGAUGAAAAAGAAACAAAAGCUACUGCUGUGUAUGUCCAAUUAUGCAACCUCAUAUACUCAUUUCUCAGGCCCUGUACCAAAUAACACACUCCAGACUUGUGGACUACCUCAUAGUCUGCACUUUUGAUGACAUCAUUAGUGCAGCACUUAGGCCCCGUUUACACUAAUACAUUCUUGUUUAAAAACACAUAAGUUUUGCUACAGUUACGCCAUCUGUCCAAACUACGCUGGAGUUUUCGAGCGCCGAAAACGGAGCGUUUUGGAAAUGCUGUGGAGGCCAGGAAAACGGAGACAUCUGAAAAUGGAGGCGGACUUGCAGAUAUUCGCCUUUCUGUUUGGGGCUUUUUCCUCAUUAUUAAGCAGCCCACACACAGUUCAGUCUUGCAUCCUCUCCUUGUAAGUUCAGACUUCGCAAGUUGAAAAACAAACUGCAGAGGACAGGUCGAGUAAAUCUUCAAAGGGAACAGUACUGUAUAACGUCAUUCUCAUCACCCUGGCUACGUUGUUUCACUUUUCUUAACA